AUGGCUUUCGAUGCAAGACAUGUCUAUUAUGAUGGCAAAGUUCAGCAAUCUCACGGUGAUGUCUUUCGGACGAUUGAUCCCUCUACUGGCAAUACCCUAGCAGACAUACAUUCAGCCAAUCCCACCGAUGUAGAUGUCGCAAUCUUCUCCGCAUCAAAGGCCUUUCCAUCAUGGUCCUCUACUCCGCCAAUGGCGAGGUCCCGGAUCCUGCUUAAGGCAGUCAGUCUUCUCAGGGAACGAAAUGACGAGAUUGCCAAGCUCGAGACAUCAGAUACUGGGAAACCCUUCUCUGAAACAAGCACGGUAGAUGUGGUCACUGGUGCUGACGUGGUCGAGUACUUCGCGGGACUGGUCGCAGGCGGAGGUCUGAACGGCGAGACCAUUCAGCUGAGGGAAGACGCAUGGGUAUACACCAAGAAGGAACCUCUCGGUGUCUGUGCUGGUAUUGGUGCUUGGAACUAUCCAAUCCAGAUAGCAUUGUGGAAGUCAGCUCCUUGUCUGGCGGCAGGAAACACUAUGGUGUAUAAGCCGAGCGAGGUGACUCCAUUGCAUGCUCAAGUAUUAGCCGAAAUCUACACCGAGGCUGGACUACCACCGGGAGUCUUUAAUGUUGUUUAUGGCGCAGGAGAUGUGGGAGGUUAUCUGACAUCACACCCGAGAAUAGCUAAAGUCUCUUUUACCGGCCAAGUGGCAACAGGUAAGAAAGUGGCUGGCUCUGCUGCAGGCAACAUGAAGUACGUGACCAUGGAGCUCGGGGGCAAAAGUCCUAUCAUUGUCCUUCCAGACGCUGAUAUCGAAAAUGCCGUCGAUGGUGCAAUGAUGGCAAACUUCUUCAGCACAGGCCAAGUAUGUACCAACGGCACCAGAGUCUUUGUCCCCGAACCAAUGAAAAGUGCUUUUGAACAGAAACUGCUGGAGAAGAUGCAGUACAUUCGUGCGGGCAAUCUCUCGAAUGCAGAAACAAAUUUUGGGCCUCUCGUUUCUCGAAUGCACUAUGAGAAGGUUAUGGGCUAUAUUUCUCACGGUAUCAAAGUGGACAAAGCUAAAUUGCUCUAUGGUGGUCUAGAAAAGCCUGAAGGGCUGCCCGAGGAUCUCACCAAUGGUUACUGGGUCCGGCCUACCAUUUUCACGGAUUGCACAGAUUCCAUGAAGAUCAUCAAAGAAGAGAUCUUCGGUCCCGUGUUGAACAUACUGACCUAUAAGAACAUCGAGGAAGCUGUUGAGCGAGCUAACAACACGGAGCUUGGACUAGCAGCCGGAGUCUUUGGCAGAGACCUCAACAUGGCCCACAAGGUCGUAUCCCGACUUGAAGCCGGUAUCACCUGGAUCAACACGUGGGGUGAGAGUCCAGCGGAGAUGAGUGUAGGGGGUUGGAAGCAGAGCGGAGUAGGCGUGGAGAACGGCCGCCGAGGUAUUGAAGCCUGGGUACGCAACAAAUCGACUCUCGUUGACAUGAGUGAUACAAUCCAGACGGUAUUUGCCAAGCUUUGA